AUGGGCCUCGGCAAUGGUUACGCCGAUUGGAACGCCUCCGACUAUGCUCCGGGCUCCGAUUGCAUCGACACGAACAGGCCGUUCCAGGUCGCGUUCUCGCUACCCCUGCACAGCGACGGCGGCCUGGCUGCGGUGCAGGUGGAGCUCUCCCAGGACGGUGGCCCCUGCCGCCCGACGGCGAGCAUCGGGAGGUACACGGUCGGCAAGGCGGACGGCCUGGCCACGCUGACCAAGGUGAUGCAGCAAGGCAUGACGCCCGUCGUGAGCUACUGGAGCUCCAAGGAGACUGAUGUUGUGGCUGGACGGGCACGCGUGCCGCCUGACGUCGCAGCCAGACUUUGCCGACCUCGCCGAUCCGCGCAGGAGAGCUCUGGUGCUAACGUGGACAACUGCACCAAAGAGAAGCCGUGCAACCUGGAAGGGACGACCCUGGUCGCUGCACAGAGUCCAUUCAGUUCUACGGCUUCGCUCUCGAGGUCUUCGAGGGCGAGCAGCUCGUGCCCGCGGACAAGGGCCCCGCGGUCGCCGCCCACGGCCCAGAGCCCGGCGUCGCCGACGGCGGGGAGCCGGCCGGUGGCGGUGGCGAGGAGGAGACGACGACGGUUUCGAUGGGGAGAAGCUCUUCCAGGAUAA